AGGGGCGGCGGCGCUGGCGGGCCCGCCGCGUCCGCUGAUCGCGUCGGCGAGUGGGACCGCGUGGUGGAGGACGUGCUGGCCUUGUGGCCCUCGGGCAGCCCGAGGGCGGUGCUGUGCUUCGCCGGCGGCGCGCUGGCGGGCGCGGCGCCGCACGUCGCGUACGGCCGCCUGCUGAGGCAGCUGGCGGCGCGGGGCUUCCUGGUCCUGGCGGUGUCCUACUCCACGGACCUGGACUACGUGGCCGUCGCGGACUUCGUGGAGCUCCGCUUCGAGAGGGCCAUCGGGGCCCUGGGCCUCUUCGGGCUGCCCGUGUGGGGCCUGGGCCACUCGCUCGGCGCCCUCGCCCAGGUGCUGGCGUCCUCGAGGCACCCGGUCAGCUACCGCCAGGGCCACCUGAUACUCAUAGCGUACACGCGGCGCGGCGACGAGGCGCUGCCGGUGGUGCGCGCGGCAUUGAGGGCGAACCCGCUGCUGGGUCCGCUGCUGCGCGCGCUGGACGUGCCAGCGGCGUCCGACCUGCUCAUGCAGGGCUCCAAGUUCGCGGAGCGUGCUCUGAGGGCCGCCGGCGUCUCGGGGCCGGUGCAGGACCUGCUGCCAGUGGCGAAGCAGCUGCUGCCGCUGCUCAAGGAGGUGGGCGCCGACGGCGAAGAUUCUCACCGCCCCCGCCGACCGCCUCUUGUCCGCCAUCCGCAGCGGCUAUCGCGAGAGGCGAACGCUGCUGCUGAGGCUGGCCGAAGACUCGCUGGACGAGUCGGCCGGGCUCGCCGCCGCGCUGGCCUCGCUGCCGGGAGACAGGCGCGCGGAGCUGGACCUGCGGGUGGUCCCUGGCCGGCACCUGCUGCCCCUGCUGCCCGACCUCGGCGACGACCCCGCCGCCACCGCCGGCGCGGCCGCGGCGCUCAUGCUGCCCGAGAUGCGCGCGGGCGGCGCCGGCGAGGGCCUGCGCCGCCCGGUGCGCGACGCCUGGGCGGAGGAGGCCGCGAGGCAGGCGGCGAUCGUGGGCGCCAUCGACCGGUUCUUGUCGCAGGAUGGCGCCCCUGCGG